AGCCUGAGCCCGGUAGGGCUUGGGCUCAGGGCUCAGGCUUAUGAUUUCGAAAGCCAGGCCUUCCUUAAGCCAAGCCCAAGCCCUAAAAGCCAGGCCAAGCCAGGCCCUGUACAUCGCUAGGAGCCUGGUGGGGGCAGUGGUUGAGAUCAGGGAUCGCGUUAAGGACCAGCAUGCCGAGCAUGCAGAAUCCCAUGAGUUUGUGUUACGAGGUCUAUCUGAUGUUGGUGCCAUGGCUCAGCAAGCAUCUGAUGUAGCCCGUGCAAUGACCAAAAUCAUGGCACCUCUUACCGAUGCUGUCAAUCGCACCAUGGGAGCUGUCCAGACUACUGCAGGUGCAAUCAACUCGCACACCCUGACUCUACAGAGCCACUUGACAGCAAUCCAGUCGAUGCGCACUGGAAUUCAGGAUGUCAAAAUUCGCUUGGCGGACGUUCACGAUUCAAUCAAUGGGAUGCAAGCCCAGAUGUCUGCACUAUCCAACCCUUCUCCCUCACUGGUGCUGGUGCUUGUUGCAGGGAAUAAUCCCCUGAUCCAUACCCAGCAUCCCUCAAACUCAUUGCCUGCACCCAAAUGUCUCCAUGGAAAUGGUACAUGUCAGGGAAAUCAUGGAAGAGGUACUGGCACCCAUGUCGCUCCUAUCAUCGUGCAGGACUCACCAGUUUUGACAGCAGCUUCGAGUCCUGUCCUUUGCCCUCCUCUUACAGAUGCCCAGAGCCAGACAGUUGUGUUCACUGUCACAUGUGGAGAUCAGGACCUGAUUGAGACAUCUCGAUGUGUGGCUGCAGCAAUUCCAGGUGUUGGGGUUGGUGCAAUAACUCAUGCGAGGCCAACAACAGUUGCCAGUUCUGCCCUCUUGCAGUUCUGUUCCCAGUCAACAGCGACAGCCUUUGUUCACCUACUCCAUAACCAUGACUCAGUAGCGGCACUGGGUGCGAGUGCAGGCUUUGCAGCUUAUACACCAUCAAACCAGAACCCUGACAGUGGUCUCAACAACAUGCUCAACAUCCUCUCCCAUCCCAUCCAGGGAAACUAG